GUUUUUCCUGUGCGGCAGAACUAGACUAGAUUUUUAUCGUGGUGCGUCACGAACCUCUGCACAUACAACACCUCCACCACUGAACCUAUAGUGUUCUCUAUUACACGACUUGACCAGAUCGACAAGGAUUAAAGCAAUAUCUUUGCUCCUCAGCUAGGAAUCAACUGCUGUCAACAUGGCUAUCAUGCAGAGAUGCUGCUGUUUUGACAAUGUCCGCUCUGGGUCCACGGCAUCAGGAAUAUACACCCUGAUUUAUUCGGCUCUGGCGUUGGCCUAUUCAGCAUAUGUGCUCUCACUUUACACGCAAGUUGUUUCCUAUUACGGCGUGCAAGUGGUGGAUGGCUUCUUCAUUGGAAGUAUCUUGGCGGUGUUGCUGUUUACACUGAUUCUGAUUUCCUCCAUACUGCUCCUUGUUGGCGUUUCAAAGGACCAGCGUGGAUAUCUGUUUCCCUACAUGAUUGUUAUGCCGAUACUCAUUCUGCUUCACAUAGCUUACUGCAUCAUUAUCAUCGUUGCAGCGGCCGCGGUUGGCUCCUAUGGGUACUCGUCUGGCUACAGCUCCUUGGCGAGUGCUGGUAUUGGUCUGUUGAUGUUUCAACUCGCCGUUGUUGUACUUUUUACUGUGCUGGAUGUGGUUUGCUUCCUGUGCGUGGUGUCUCAGUACACAGAGCUGAGAGAUGGGCGUGGCCGUCUGCAGGACGUGAUGGCAGCAAGGACCACCGUGAUCACCACUACUUCCCCUGGCUUUGGUGGCGCUGUCGUCGUGACUCAGCAAGGUGGCGUCCCACCGCAGGGUUAUGCAAUGCAGCAGGGCUACGCACCCCAGCAGGGCUACGCACCCCAGCAGGGCUACCCACCCGCCCAGGGAUACCCCGCUCAAGAGCAAUACCCUCAGAAGAUGUAGGCGUUUGCUGCAAAUGCUGAUCGAUCACGAUCAUUCACCAAGUUUUCCUAUAAAGCUAAAGGAUACUUUUUUUUGUUAAACGAUACUUUACUACGUCUUGCAUUUUAAGAGUUAAGGCCUAUUGCAGUUGAUUUAUAUACUUUGUUUGUAUCAAAGAUUUUGCAGCUUUUGAUCUCUUAAUAGAAAGGUUUACAAUUACAAACUCUCUAUGAAGCUUUCGAGAUUCAAAGAAAAAUAGAUAGUUCCUCGAAAACUGAUCACUUGACAUUAGGAGCUUCCAAACUUUGACAAGAGAAACCGACAUUAAUUUGUUCAAUGAUAUGUUAUCUUUAUACGAAAUAUAACACAACAUAUUGGGAUCAUUCAUAUUUCAAAGCAAUACGGUGAAUGUGUUUGCACGAAACGAUUUGGAAUACUGUAGUAACAGGCACAACCUCCAUAAUAAAUAUCUGUCACAUGAGUAUCAAGUGAAUAAGCCACUGUGAUCGAUUUCCCAAAACGGCAUCCAAAGAAAUGAUAUUAUUAAUGUGAACCCAAUGUUUAUAUGUUCUGAAAGUGCAUGCACCAACAAUUCGUUCCAACGCUUGUUUCUUGUUGAAAUAUGUGUCACUUUAUAUGCUUCUAGAUUGUAGGUUUUUUGUCACAAAAAUAUGCCUAAUGUGGGAAUUUUAAAUCGGCGUUUGGCUAAUGAAAUAGGUGUUAACAUUAUACCAGCCAUAUUAAUUAUCGUGUUAUUAAUGUAUCAUUUAAAACUUGUCCAGGGACCAUUUAAGAUUAUAACACCUCACCUACA